AUGAGGAAGAGAUGGAGAACUACUGAGUACAAAGAAAAGUUAUGGAACUGUGCCAAAGCCACAAUAGUGCAAGAAUUCAAUCGUUCGAUGAAAGAGUUUAGUGAAUAUGACAUAGAAGCUUAUGAAUGGUUGAAGAAGAUCCCACCACUACACUGGACUAGAAGCCAUUUCACAGGUAGACCAAUCACAAACAUGCUUUUAAAUAACCUAUGUGAAGUGUUUAACAGUAAACUGAUAGAAGAAGUGUGUAGGUCCAUUGCCUCCAACAGCAACAAAGAUCAUGGAAACAAACGCAACAAAUGCUUCUACUACAUAGCCAGGUGGAAUUCCUCAGACAAGUACGAAGUACAAGGACCAUGGCAAGAUCAACAUGUUGUUGACAUGGGCCAAAGGGUAUGCAGCUGUAGGAAAUGGGAAUUAACAGGAAUUCCUUGUAGGCAUGUGAUUGCAGUCUUAUUUGAUAAAGCUGACAAUGGUGAGGAUGUGGGUGAACUUUACACUUAUGUACACAAGGUGCAUUGGCUUGAAACCUGGAAAGAGGCUUAUUCCUACAAGGUAGAACCAAUCAAAGGUCGUAUCAUGUGGCAUGUUAGUGAUUGUCCAAUAAAGAUCAACCCUCCUCCACAUCGUAAUCAGCCUGGUAGGCCCAAGAAGAAGAGGCAAAGAUCUAUGGAGGAAAAAUCUCAAAGUCAGGCUCAAAGUCAGAGCCAAACUCAAAGUCAAAGUCAAACAAUUGGUGCUAGUGGUAUAGAUGGUCAUGGUCCAGGGGGCAGUGGAAAACUCACAAGGAAGUUCAUUAUUGUCACUUGUAGCAAGUGUAAAAACAAGGGACAUAAAGCAAGAACAUGUAAGGGGCAAGGAGGAAAUUGA